CUCCCGCAGCCCCCCCUGCCUGGCCCGGUGACUGAAAGGGACUAUGGCGAGGGCUUCGAGCCACCUGACUACGAUGACUGGACCUACGGGCUGCCCCCCCCGACGAAGACCCAUGAACAUCCGGACAAAGAGGACAGGAUGGAGACGGACAAGGAGAAAAUCAGACCCUUGAAGCCCAAGAAAGAGGAGGAGGAGGAGGAGGAGGAGCGCUGGGUGGAGGAGAAGGGCCAGGACCGCAAAGGAAAACCCAAAAAAUCAGGAGGAAAGAAGGGGGAUCCAGAUGAGGAGGAAUGGACCCCUCCAGCAGAGAAGAAAAGGUGUCCCCCAAUCGGGCUGGAGUCCCACCGCAUCGAGGAUGACCAGAUCCUGGCCUCCUCCAUGCUGCGUCAUGGGCUGGGUGCCCAGCGUGGCCGCCUCAACAUGCAGGCAGGCACCAACGAGGAUGAUUUCUUUGAUGGGGCAUGGUGUGCUGAGGAUGACAGCCGGGCACACUGGCUCGAGGUGGACACCCGCCGCAUCACCAUGUUCACCGGUGUCGUCACCCAGGGUCGCGACUCUCAGAUCCAUGAUGACUUUGUCACCAGCUUCUAUGUGGGCUUCAGCAACGACAGCCAACACUGGGUGAUGUACAGCAAUGGCUAUGAGGAGAUGAUGUUUUACGGCAACGUGGACAAGGACACGCCAGUGCUGAGCGAGUUCCCUGAGCCAGUGGUGGCCCGGUAUAUCCGCAUCUACCCCCAGCGCUGGAACGGGAGCCUCUGCCUGCGCCUUGAGGUCCUGGGGUGCCCCCUCUCUGCUGUCAGCAGCUACUACACCCAGCAGAAUGAGGUGACCUCCAUGGACAACCUGGACUUCCGACACCACUCCUACAAGGACAUGAGGCAGCUGAUGAAGGUGGUGAAUGAGGAGUGUCCCACCAUCACCCGCAUCUACAACAUAGGCAAGAGCUCACGGGGGCUGAAGAUCUACGCCAUGGAGGUUUCCGACAACCCGGGCGAGCAUGAGACGGGUGAGCCAGAGUUCCGGUACACGGCGGGGCUGCACGGGAAUGAGGCACUGGGCCGGGAGCUGCUGCUGCUGCUGAUGCAGUUCCUGUGCAAGGAGUACCAGGAUGGGAAUCCCCGCGUGCGGGGCCUGGUCACCGACACCCGCAUCCACCUCGUCCCGUCCCUCAACCCUGACGGCUACGAGCUGGCCCAUGAGGCGGGCUCUGAACUGGGCAACUGGGCACUGGGCCAUUGGACAGAGGAAGGCUUUGACCUCUUUGAGAACUUCCCUGACCUGGCCUCAGCACUGUGGGCAGCUGAGGAGAGGCGGCUGGUGCCCCACCAGUUCCCCAACCAUCACAUCCCUAUCCCGGAGCACUACCUGUCUGAGGAUGCGGCGGUGGCAGCAGAGACACGGGCUGUCAUAGCAUGGAUGGACAAGAACCCCUUUGUACUGGGAGCCAACCUGCAGGGUGGGGAGAAGCUGGUGUCCUUCCCCUUCGACACGGCCCGGCCCAGCCCCCCAACACCGGCAGCUGCCCCUCGUCCACUGGACUAUGAGGAUGAGCGCCCUGAGCUGCAGGAGACACCCGACCAUGCUGUGUUCCGCUGGCUUGCCAUCUCCUAUGCCUCGGCACACCUCACCAUGACUGAGACCUUCCGUGGAGGCUGCCAUGCACAGGAUGUAACCGAUGCCAUGGGCAUCGUGCAGGGUGCUAAGUGGCACCCCCGGGCUGGCAGUAUGAAUGACUUCAGCUACCUGCACACCAACUGCCUGGAGCUCUCCAUUUACCUGGGCUGUGACAAGUUUCCCCAUGAGACUGAGCUGCAGCAGGAAUGGGAGAACAACAAGGAGUCUCUGCUCACCUUCAUGGAGCAGAUCCACCGGGGAAUCAAGGGUGUAGUGACAGACCAGCAGGGAGAGCCCAUUGCCAAUGCCACCAUUGUGGUGGGUGGCAUCAAUCACAACGUAAGGACAGCCAGCGGUGGAGACUACUGGCGCAUCCUGAAUCCGGGCGAGUACCGCGUGUCAGCACGGGCCGAGGGUUACAACCCCAGCGUCAAGACUUGCCAUGUCCUCUACGACAUCGGGGCCACCCAGUGCAACUUUGUCCUGUCCCGCUCCAACUGGAAGCGUAUCCGGGAGAUCAUGGCCAUGAACGGGAACCGGCCAAUCCGCCGUGUGGUGCCUGGCCGGCCCAUGACGCCCCGUGAGCGCCUGCGCCUACAGAUGCGGCUGCGGCACCGCAUGCGGCUGCGGGAGCAGAUGCGGCUGCGGCGCCUCAAUGCCACCAUGGCCAGCAGCAGCCCCACAGCCCCGCCGUCCACCACAGCCCUGCCCUUCCCCUUCAGCAGCACAGCCUACACACCCUGGAGCCAGGAGCCACCCACUGCUGGCACCUGGGAGAUGGACACUGAGACAGAGGUGGUCACCGAGCUGGUGACAGAGACGGAGGGCUGGGAGUUGCACACGGGGACGGCGCAGCCCCUCACCACAGCCGAAACCUACACCGUGAACUUUGGGGACUAGGAACACUUGACCCCUCACUCUGCUUCAAGCCAUGGUCGGACGCUUCGGCAUCCGCUUCCAACAUCUUCCAUGAGCCCAGGCAGCUGUUCCAGGUGGGCUCCAGCCCCUCACCUUGCUGCUUCCAAGGAUUGUCGACAGCAUUGCCAACAGCUGGGUGCUGUCAGGGACGUGCUACCCCAUCCCUCAGAGCUGGGCAGUGCCAGCCCACUGUCCAUGUCCCAGUGGGAUGGCAGGGUUGGUACUGCUCUCCUGGGCAGGGCCCAUGGAGGCAGGCACAGCCUUUCUCCCCUCUGUAUAGUUUUUGUUACACAAAUAAAUCAAGUUAUAUUGGUAUGAA